CUUCUCAUGAUCUUGCUGCUUGCGAGCACUCAGAGAUGACUUAAGAAUGUCCAAUAAUGCUAAAGACAAUAUUUCUGUUCCACAGAUUCCCUUCCAUUUUCCCAAUGACCCUGAAGUGAGGAGAACUCCAGGCCAUGUACAUAGGCAACACUGUACUACUGCUCCUCUUGUUGAUGCUGAUGGUGGACAACUCAUUGACACAUGAUUCUGAGGAUGAUAACUGCACCACCAUUACUAUUGAAAGAGGUACAAAAUACUAUAGUAAUCUUGGUGACUCAGCCAUGCUAGAGUGCCCAGUGAUCUACUGCAUCAAGAAGCCUGAAAUGAAUUGGCAUAUGCUGAACAGGAGGGAAAAGAAGUUCCAUAUGUUGAAUUCUGAAAAACAACGCUCCAUUUCAUGGAGAAAUGAAAAAACGUUUGUUUUGAAUUUUCAAUCAGUUCAUAAAAAUGACAGUGGACAAUAUCGUUGUGAAGCAAUACUAAGUAAAAGAAUACUUCCGAGUCAUGUUGUAGAAUUAAUUGUUCAAGAUCACAGUAACUCAUCCGUGUUUCUAAGUACUACAAAUGCCACAGAAGAUCAGAAACUACAUGAAAAGAACAACAUGUUGAUUACGAUUUAUUCCAUAUCAUCCCUUGGUACUCUGUUCCUCAUUGCCGGCUGCUUUGGAUUGCUGUAUUUCACAAGGAGGCAUCAAGUAAAAAACGCCCAGAAAGUAAAAAACCCAGAAAGUGGAAAUAACAGGAACAAUCAACGCUGCAAUGAUAGCACGACUCAUGUCUCAGAUGAAGGAGCCUUCUUUAAUGAAGAUUCCAUGCCUUGCUUGUUUCAAGUUCCCAAUGGGAAUCAAGACAACUACCAGAAGGCAUCUAGAACCAGUCUAAAUUCCAUGAAGUUCAAUGAAGGUUUACCAGGAUAUAAAGAGGACUCAGUUAUUUAUGCAACAUUAAGCCAUGGAGAACUUCUUCAGAGAACCAAGCCCCCUGAAGAAAUUGAAUUGACAGAAUAUGCCAUCAUUAGACUGAAGAACUAAAGGUGGACAUCAUUCAUCGUUUUAUGUUCUCUAGCAUGGCUUAGCAAGCUUAUCCACAAACAUCAUUUAUAUACACUGUUUCUAUUUGAAACAAUAUUCUGGGGGGGAAAUAAUUAUUUAUUUGCCAGAUGAUGCGUAGUUUAAGUGAAUCACAUUUGCUAUGUAAUUGCUCUUUCUAUUUCCAUAUGGCUAUCUGAUGUAUCUCUGUAUAACCAGACAUUUCCUGACUCAGCAAUUGGGAUUCCUUUUGUCCUAUUUCGGGGCACCAUAUCUGACAUGUUUGAGACCCUUCCUAUAGAAUUUUACUAGUAAGUUUUUUCUAGAGUAGGUCCCAAGGUCUUUCUCCAAUCUUAUAACUUAUUUCUCAACAGUUGUCCAGGGACAUCAACUGCCAUGGUCCUUGUAAACCCAGAUAAUCCAGAAAACCAAUCCACUAUGGGACUCUUUUUCUGUUGUCUCCUCAUGAUUAAUGGGUUUGUGGAUACUCUUAGUCUGGCUUCUCGGUUGAGACCUAUAUAGUUUGAGUGAUCCUUCUGGUAUACUUUCUGGUGAUAUACCUUCAGCAUAGCUCUCAACCUAAACAUAACACAUGACAAGGGAGUACCCACAUGCAGUGGUUUCUAUGUAUAUAGCAAUUCCAUGGGUAUAGCAAUAUAGCAAAAUACCCAUAGCACUUAGACAUAUUCUGCUUCAUAGUGCUUUAAAGCCCUCUCUAAGUGGUUUACAGAGUCAGCAUGUUGCCCCCAACAAUCUGGGCCCUCAUUUUACCAAUCCCGGAAAGAUGGAAGAUUGCAUCACCUUGAGCCAGUUAGAAUCGAACUCUUGGCAGUGAGCAGUGAGUUAGCCUGCAAUACUGCAUUCUAAACUCUACACCUAUCUUUGUAAGAUGGCAGCAUUUGCCUAUUACAGAUUAUUUCAAGGUUUCUGGUAACUUUGAAGGUAUUUAUAAAAAUAUAAGUCACAAACUAAUUGCUAUUUCCAUGUAUACAGCAAUUAAUUUGUGACUUACAUUUUUAUUAAUAUCUUUGUACUAGAAACCUUGAUAUAAUCUAUAUAUAAUCUAUAGUAUACUAUUUUGAAAACAUCUGGUAAACAUAAUUGCUUUCUUCCCUACAGUGUAAAAUAGGUAUUAAAAAGAUAGAUGGGGUGACUUCAGCAAUUUUGGUUCUUCAUCCAUUCUUUGCUUCAUUAGGAAUAUGGCCCUUAAUUAAAAAAAAUACUGUCUCUCUCUGAUCAGAUUAAUCCAUGACAUUAUUGAUUUCAUGAGCAGUUUAUUACUGAGCUGCUUUUUCAGAAGAUAUCGAAUAUUUUAUCUGUAUUCUAUAAAAUUUAGCAAUAGAUAUUGAUUGCUUUAAAAAAAUCAAUGAGUUGUCUGAGGAAUUAAAACUUGUCUUCUAUUAAUUUGUUACAGCA